GAACAUGUCAGGACCUGGAGGUUCCCGUGUACUUGGUCUUCGUCCUUGUGUUGUUCUUCCAAACUUUAAUGGCACCAACCUGCUCUGGGAGGACAUGAGGCGCACACUGGCAUUCGCCUGGGAGCUACAUGUCUUUGGAUCUGCCAGCCUUUUCAUACUAAUGGCAGUCCUGGCAGUUAUAGGAAUGGCUGGUGCAUGCACUCUCCCUCAUUCUGUCCAUGAUGCCCUGAUCCUAACAGAUAUUCUCCUGAUUCUGAGUGGUGCUCUGCGUGGUGUCCUCCUUCUACUCGAUCCUUAUGGUACCUGUCAGAUCCUGUCUCGUGCAGCGCUGGCAGCUUUCCAAAAUGUUCCCCUGCAGCUCCUUCUGUGGGCACAGGUUGCCCUCACUCUGGUCACACUCAGAGGGUUAAAUAUAUUACUUUUCCCGCUAAGGCUGCAGCACACAUGGGUGGUUGGAGCACUGGCUAUAUCACAUUGUACUCUAUUGUUUAUAGCAGACCUUUUCUCUCCACCUUUGUCCCCUGCUCUCCCUCUGUUGCUUCAAACUUUGUCUCUCUGUUGGGGCCUCCCAUUCUGCAUGGGAAUCCUUUCCAAGACUUGUUCUAAUCUUCAUCCCUUUGUUAGAUCCUCUUUCCCUCAGGGGUUUCCCUCACAGAGAAUUGAAAAGCGUGCAAAGCAAGUAACAGCAGUAUGUGCUUUCCUUGGGGUCCUAUGCUGCAGCCUUCAGAUGUAUAGUCUUCUCUGGCUUUAUGGGCUACUGGGGAACUGGAGGCGCUUUGGUUGGGGCUGGUGGCUCAUUCAGUUUUGGGCCAGAAUUCUUGAGUUAGCAUGGGGAUUUUCUUUGCUUGUCCUGGGAUCUUGGAUAUCCUGGAUGCCAUCAUUGGGUAAUUCAAGUGGUGAUCAGGGGGAGAGCAGAAGUGAUGUGCAUAAAGAGGCAGAGGAGACAAGCUUGUGGGGUAGCACCUUGUCCAGCAUACGGAAAGAGAAAACCUGGGAAGACCUGAUGCCAAGCAACUGGGCAAAGUAUAACCUGUGUAAAACAGGUUUCAUUAAGAAUGUAAUGCGUCUGUAUGAUGAUCUACCACCUACCAUUGUACCAGAAUGCACGCCUGAUACUGUUAGCAUUAGCAACUCUGACACUCAGGGUGCAAUUCUGUGGCAGAAAGUUGGGGAACGUGAAUGCGUUCUUUCACUUAUCGAAUUUGACCUGCGGCCACCAUCUCCUAUUAACCUCAGGCGCAGCAUUGACAAUGCCCUUUAUCAAGGACAGCUUGUAAAAGGACGUCUGUUCCCACCUGCACCUCCUUCUUGGACUCACCCUGAGGGUACAAACACCAUUGACAAAGACAGUGGUACAACUACAUUCCUUCCAGAUCCUGUUGGCUACAAGUGGACGUUGGAUACAGACUCUAUUUCUGCAUCUCUGGACCAUCUCAAAGAAAAACACCCGAUACAGUCAUCAAGUGCUACCUCUGAUUAUAAUAGUAAUCAUGGGUCUUCAGCUACGGCACAACAGGGAGAAGAAUUUAACUCAGAGUCCUCAGCAGUGAUGCAUCAGCAAGACUGGUCGGUGGCAGCAGGUUAAACCACCACCCUGUUCUGCCAGUUCCCUGACCUCCACGUGACACUGAAGAGGCAUAUCAGCCAAGACUGCCCAACAGUGU